GCCGUGAAUGUGGAGGCGUUGCGGCAGCUUUGCAGGUUGCGGGCAACCGAUGAGCUGCGUUUUCCAGACAACCCGCACACCCUGCGGCGAGAGCUCUUCAUUGUGUUGAAACGUCUUGAUAGCUCCAAUGAGAUGCCUGUUGUGUGGCGUGACGGACCGCCCUGCACAAGGGUCGGAAGGAAGGGGCGGAGGUACAGCGGAGUAUCUGAUGUGGGCCAGCUGCCGAAGGAGCUGCAAAAAGAUGUGGAGGACAUCAUGGAGCGGGUCGGCGCGAGCUGCUGGGAUGUGACCAGAGGGCUCUUCACCCUUCCGAGGGAGGUCAGGAACGCGCUCCGUGCGCCAGAGGGGCUGGACGUCGACCAGUCGAUGUGCCACUGCUACGCACAGCGGAGCAGACAUGCGCCCGAGGACACCCCGAAGCUUCGCCACUACAUCGAGAACAGGACCGAAUGCGAGGCCUUCUUGGACGACCGCGACCUUGCCAAGGAGCUGUUCCGAGGGCUGAUGAAUACCGGCGGGGAGCCGUUGAUCCGCCGCGUUCUUCACAAGGCAAACAAGACGCUCCAGGACAUGCCGAAGUUCGUACUGGAGUUCCAAGCCGAGCAGUCGGCGCUGUUGGGCAAAGACGUAGCGAACCACCCGGAGCUGGCGCGACAGCUGCCCCCUGGCACUUUGCAGAGCGUGCUGAACGAGGAGUACGAGCGGAAGAACACGGACCUCUUGGCCGAGCUCUCGUCUACCUUUGGGCUGGUGAACAGCUACGAGCACGACGGCAUCUACUGCCUUGCCAUGGCCUCCCAGCACUCUGAGCUCCUUGCAAGGGCCAACGCCAUUGUGCCGGUCAAGGGCACUGGACCAUGGAGCGUUGAAACGGCAGUGGAGGCACUUCGGCAGCGGUUCCCUUCUCUGUCAUGGGAUGAGGUUGACGAGCAUUGGGAGCUCCAGCAGGAGAAAUGUAUGGAGAUCCGCAGAAGAUGUUUGCAUGGGCAGAAGAACUUCCCGAAGCUCUUGGCCGACGUCGUGCCGUACCACCGACUGGCCUCGGGCUACAUGGUGAAGGAAGUGUUCAAGGCAGUGCCCGUGCGGGAGGACAAGAUGUGUCUCAUGUUCUUCGUGGAUGGAUGCUGGAGAGACCAGGCUGCAGCUUCUGCCAGUGCUCUUGAGGACAUAGUGAGAGACGUGCUCAUCAACGCCAUUGGCCGCUACAAGGGCGACUUACCAGUGGUGGUGCAUCAGAUGCAUCCUCAGGUGGCCACGGCCCUGCAGCGCAUGAACGGAGGGCUCUUCGACAUGUCUUGGCACUUGAGUCUUGACGGCGACGACACUCGCCACAUCUUCGCAUACAAUGACGGCACCUUCCAAGACACCAGGGACUACACCUUGAAACCCAUGCACCCGGGAAUUCCGGUCACUCGGAACGCGGACCGGCCAUACCCCGGCGCCCUCAUUGCUGAGCUUGAGGCCAAGAUGACGGAGGAGGGGCUCAACCUUGCGGAGAUCCUCACCAGGGUCAAAACUCAAGAGAUGUUCGCUGCGACGCACGUGGAGGAGCCGACGCCCUGCCUGGCGCUUCCUGAGGGCUUUCGGUACAGCCCGGAGCUAGAGCGUGACCUUGACCGGGUAGCUUCGAUCCUCCCUUUCUACGAGAUCAUGGCAAGCUGCCACGAGGACCCGCCCACGACCUUCCACGUGUUGAAAGGUAUGGCCAGAGUCAAAGCUGCGCCUGAAAACUUUGAGGAAGCCAGGUUCCACCAGGGCGAAGGUCAGAACGGAAAGGGCUUGAUGAAUGCCCUCUUUCGUACCUUCUGCGGCGAGUACCACGUCGAGCCCAAAGCCGAUGUGUUUUCUGCGUUCUCAGACCCUUCAGGCACCUCCAUACCGCUACUUCAGCUACGAGGCCGUCGGUCGAUGUCGGUCAACGAAGUGGAAGCUGGAGUGAAGAUGAGGAGUGGGAUGUUGAAAGAUCUCCGAGAUCAAUCGUCCUUCGUGGAAGCAAGAGGGCUGUACAAGGAUCCGGUGCGCUUCCGACCACAAUUCAUGAUGAACUUCUCCAGCAACGCCUCUUUUGAAUUUCGUGCGAUUGACGGUGGUAUGAGGCGCAGCUUCACGGCCAUUCCGUGGCCUUUCAAGUUUGUGGCCAGGCCGGCGCCCAACAGCAACGAGAGACAGCUUCGGAACAAUCUGAAGCAGCGAGACUUUCUGCUGGCGAAUGUGAUCCCGUCCAUGGAGAUCAUCCUGAAGGAAGUGGAUCUGAUGUUCUUGAGAGACAGUGUCAGCACGCUGGUGGAGCCGAGAACGCAGUCGAUUCUGGCAUGCACCGCCCACCUGUUUGAGUCCUUGCAGCUCCAGGAUAUCAGGGAGGUCCUCGACUCCAUACCGCUCAGCCCCAACGCUGCCCUGGCCAGCUCGCAGGGCGAUGUUCGGAAGUUCUUCCGUGACCACGAUGCGGUGAAGGGGCUCAAGCUGUCCGGCAAGCAACUUGACAGGCUGCUGCAGGAGGUGCUGGCCCCGAAGACAGUCAGAGGUAAGCGGGUGUAUUCGGCAAAGGGGAGCGAGGAGACUUUCCUCAAUGUGGCGAACGAGCCACCGUUUUAG